UGGAAGGAGGGGAAAGUGUCCGGACUGGAAGGGGGGGAAAGUGUCCGGACUGGAAGGGGGGGAAAGUGUCCGGACUGGAAGAGGGUGAAAGUGUCCGGACUGGAAGGGGGGAAAGUGUCCGGACAGGAAGGGGGGGGAAAGUGUCCGGACUGGAAGGGGGGGAAAGUGUCCGGACUGGAAGGGGGGGAAAGUGUCCGGACUGGAAGAGGGGGUGAAAGUGUCUGGACUGGAAGGGGGGGAAAGUGUCUGGACUGGAAGGGGGGGAAAGUGUCCGGACUGGAAGGGGGGUGAAAGUGUCCGGACUGGAAGGGGGGUGAAAGUGUCCGGACUGGAAAGGGGGUGAAAGUGUCCGGACUGGAAGGGGGGGAAAG